GUAGGGAUAGUCCAAUGCCUAAUCUCACUUGAUGUUGUAUCACUAUUCACCAACGUGCGUAAGAGUCUGAUUAAGAAAAUUAUAGCUGAUAGGUGGGAAGAAUUUUAUGAGAAGGUCACUUUGCCUUCGAUGGGAAUUUCUGUCUUCAAAAAGAAGGAUGCGCUUUGGGAAGUCCAGCGAGUUCGUCUUAAGCGAUCAUCACACUGGAUUACGAGAUUUAUGAAGCGCUGUCACGUCUUGAUUUCAACGUACUGUACAACGAACUGA